CGGAACUGUUUUGGUUGGGUACCGGAAGUGCCAAGGGUGACAUUUGUCACAGAGCGGAAACGAGCACAGGCACGUUUCAACAAAUGUUAGGUGACUCUUUAAAGUCAUAGUUUACAUGUAGUGGAUAUUGACAUCUGCAUUAGUGGACCACGGAGCAGAAUGGCGGCGUGGGGCUGCCGGUUUCUUCUUCAGCGGGGAACGCGACUCCUCUCUCCUCCUGCAUUAGCAGAAAGCCCUGUCCAGCUGGUGGCUUUUGUUAGGACUGUAAAGACGACAACAUGGUUUGAUGAACACCUCACAGAGGACAAUCAGAAGUUCAUGAGGAACAGCAUGGCGGAGGAAUACAAAGAACAGACGGUCGCAAAGCUAAAUCCACUCAAAGAUGAGCCAUGGCCAAGACAUGAGUGGACAGAAGGCAGUCGACGAGUUGGGCUAGUUGCUGUAAAGUUGGGCAUGGCACCUAUCUGGACAAAAACAGGAGAAAGGCACACAGUCACCUUGUUACAGGUCCAAGACUGCCAUGUCAUCAAAUAUCUGUCGAAAGAAGAAUAUGACGGACACACCGCUGCCCUUGUCGUGGGGGGAAAGAAUGUCUCGCCAUUCCAUAAGUCAGAGGAGAGAAUGGAGAUGUUCAUGAACGCAGGAGUGCCUCCCAAGCAGAAGACCACCACCUUUAAGAUCUCUGACAAUGCCAUCAUCAAGCCAGGCACUCCUCUGUAUGCAGCACACUUCCGUCCAGGCCAGUAUGUGGACGUCACUGCCAGAUCCAUUGGCAAAGGCUUCCAAGGCGUAAUGAAGCGGUGGGGAUUCAAAGGCCAGCCAGCCACCCACGGCCAAACCAAAACCCACCGCAGACCGGGAGCCUCUGGACCAGGAGGGGAUCCAGCCAAAGUUUUCAAAGGCAAGAAGAUGCCCGGCCUAAUGGGGAACAUCUUCGUCACAGCUCACGGGCUGAAGAUAUGGAGGGUCAACACCAAGUUAAAUGUCCUCUACGUUCACGGCUCGGUCCCCGGCCACAAGAACUGUGUACUGAAGGUCAGAGACACGGUGCUGCCCACCAGGAGCUCCACCCUGGUCCACCCGCCCUUCCCCACAUACUUCACCGAAGAGGAGGGCGACCUGGAUGAAGACCUGUACGACGAAAACCUGUUCGUUCACACGGAUCCGUCGUUAACUCUUGCCUGACCAGCGUCCCCGCUGACCACUCGCCGCUGACCACCCGCCGUACCCGCGUGCUUCAAUAAAUAGUAAUUGCUAAGACCGUGUUUGUGCUUGU